GUCUGAGAGCGGGUACAUCAGCAAAAUCCUGGGAGUUAAAGGAAGGAAAGCAACAUUUGAAAGAUUUUAAUGAUAGUUGAUAUAAUGCAGCCCUUUCUUGUGCGCGCAUCAGCCCUCCACGGUUCAGCUGUCUGGCAAAUGAAUGAAAUCCAAAGGGCGGGAUGGAGAAAAGGAGCGCAAUCGUAGAGCGGGAGAAGGGGUUCGUCAGCUCUGCUGCCCCCACAACGUCACCGAAGAGACUAUAAAGCGCGCCUGCAGCUCAGGAUUCUCAGUUCUCCAGCCUAUGCCCAGAGAUCCGCCAGGGCGGGAUCUGAGUUCCCCACUGGGUACAGUCCCAAAUUGUUUCUUUCGCAUCUUGUCCUUCCCGCCUCCCAGGACUGCAAACUCCUCAGAGGAAGUGCGACUCUUGCUCCCCUUUAAAGGCUGGACCAAAGCAUCCCUUAACCAGCAAGAGCUAGGUACUUUGUCUACUCGCUUCCCAGGCGGGACUAACGACCGCCGGACACGACAGUGACCAGGAGGCAAAGAACAACUUUAAGGGAGUGGGCUAGGGCUGGCAGCGGGGCGAGGUCUCAGGCUACAGACCUGAGGCCAUGGCCUCUCUCCCAGCAGCAGAGAACUGGACAGACUACCCGGGAGGAGUCGAUGUGGACUCCGGGAACCUGAGUGCUGCUCUCGGAGUCGGAGCGGCGGCAGGGACAGCGGAGACUGAAUGGCUGCGUUUGCUAGUGCAAGGUGGCAACUUCUCCUCUUCCUCCGAGCUGGGACUGCCUGAGGCUUCGCCCGCGUCCUCCCAGCCCCGGGCCAACCUCACUAACCAGUUCGUGCAGCCGUCCUGGCGCAUCGCUCUCUGGUCCCUGGCAUAUGGAGUGGUGGUGGCAGUGGCGGUCUUUGGAAAUCUCAUUGUCAUCUGGAUCAUCCUGGCCCACAAACGCAUGAGGACCGUCACCAACUAUUUCCUCGUGAACCUAGCUUUUUCUGACGCCUCCAUGGCAGCUUUUAACGCGUUGGUCAACUUUAUCUACGCGCUUCAUAGCGAGUGGUACUUCGGCGCCAACUACUGCCGCUUCCAGAACUUCUUUCCUAUCACAGCUGUAUUCGCCAGCAUCUAUUCUAUGACGGCCAUUGCAGUGGACAGGUAUAUGGCCAUUAUUGACCCCUUGAAACCCAGACUGUCUGCCACAGCUACCAGGAUUGUCAUUGGAAGUAUUUGGAUUCUGGCAUUUCUACUUGCCUUUCCUCAGUGUCUUUAUUCCAAAAUCAAAGUCAUGCCCAGCCGCACUCUUUGCUACGUUCAAUGGCCAGAAGGUCCCAAACAACAUUUCACGUACCACAUUAUUGUCAUUAUUCUGGUGUACUGCUUCCCGUUGCUCAUCAUGGGUAUCACAUACACCAUCGUUGGGAUUACUCUCUGGGGAGGAGAGAUCCCAGGAGAUACCUGUGACAAGUAUCAUGAGCAGCUGAAGGCCAAACGAAAGGUUGUAAAAAUGAUGAUCAUCGUUGUGGUGACAUUUGCCAUCUGCUGGCUACCCUAUCAUAUUUACUUCAUUCUCACUGCGAUCUAUCAACAAUUAAAUAGAUGGAAAUACAUCCAGCAGGUCUACCUGGCCAGCUUUUGGCUGGCAAUGAGCUCAACCAUGUACAACCCCAUCAUCUACUGCUGUCUGAAUAAGAGAUUUCGAGCUGGCUUCAAGAGAGCAUUCCGCUGGUGUCCUUUCAUCCAGGUUUCCAGCUAUGAUGAGCUAGAGCUCAAAACCACCAGGUUUCACCCAACUCGGCAAAGCAGCCUGUACACCGUGACCAGGAUGGAGUCGGUGACAGUGGCGUUGGACCCCAGUGACACCGACAACACCAAAUCCACUAGGAAGAAAAGAGCCGCACCCCGAGACCCCAGCAUCAGUGGCUGCUCCCGCGGGGAUUCCAAGUCGGCCUCCACCACCUCCAGUUUCAUAAGCUCACCCUACACCUCUGUGGAGGAGUAUUCAUAAGGCCAUUUCCUGAGGUGAAAGAUUUGUGUGAGGCCAUCACGGUGCCAACAUAGGUCCCCGUUCUCCUGCCUGUCAAUAUUGUAUUGCAUACCCUCUGGAAGCAGGAGGAUGACUUUAUUUAGGCAGCUAUGUUUAAGUCAAGAAAGAAAGCAUGUAAAUAUAACAAAGACCCUACUAAGAUAUUAAGCCUUCUCCUCCACCCCCCGAAAAAAAGAAAUGAAGUGGAUGUAAGUACAUUCUUUAAAAACUCUAAAUUAUUAUAUGCAGCAAAAAUAUAUAUCUAAAAAAUACUUGAGGGCUGGGGUUGUAUAGAUCAGUGCUACAGCGCUUGCCUUGCAUGAGUGAAGCACUGGAUUCAAUCCUCAACACCACAUAAAUAAAUAAAACAAAAGUAUUGUGUCCAUCUACAACUAAAGAAAUAUUUUUAAAAACCUUGACAAUUGUCAAGUUUCUCUCAUUUAAAAACUACAGUAUACAUUUGUGAUACUAAAAUGACAUAUAGUUUUCCCAAAAGAUUAAAGAAGCUUUAAAAUAUAUUCUGAGUAAGGAAAAACAAACUCUACAUAAAAUGAAACUUUUCAUCUACAGCUAUAGAAUGGAAAAGUUCAAUGGCUCCUUUUCCCAUAAGAGUGAUGGAAAAUUAACCUCAGAAAAUAGGAAGUAAUAAAAAACCUUUUUCAAGAAAAUUCAUUUUGUGGCAUGAAAGCUGUUAAAGGUUUAAAGAUUUCCUGCAAGACACUUAACAGAAAAUAAAAUCACAUCAAGUCAUUAGGCAGAUAGACAUAUUAUUCUCUGAAUUAUUUUUUCUGAGAAAGUGACUUCAAAAGAAAAAUAUAAUCACCUAAUUUUGACUAUGUAUUUUAAAUGCUAAUCUAUGAUAUAGUCAACUUGAGAACCUUAAAAGGACAAAGAGAAUUCCUAGAUUCUUCUGUUUUAUUUUUCACAGAUUUUUAAAAAUUACGUAGAUUAUAUAAUACUAAAGAUGCCUUCUAAUGCAGAAGAGGAGAAUCCCAUUUGCCUCUAUAAUUAGCUAACAAUUAUUAGACAAGAACUACAGAAAGUCAUUCAUAGGUAUGAAGAGACAGAAACAUCUGCUAGCUUCAAAGGCAGAUGUUUGUCACCUCUAGUCCAUGGAAAAAGUUUUAGAAUUAACUUUAUCAAUAGUACUGUGUACUUUUCUACUCCCCUAAUUUAAAAAGAAGCAAGGACUAGUGGAACACAUCAGAAUAUGUUUCGAGUGCCAGUCUUUAUGGGGAAAAAAAGUUGUAGGAGUUAAAGAAGAAAACGUAACUGAAAAUAUUACUAUACCUACAAGUAAAUCAGAAAAGAUGUAGAGAGGUAAGUCAAGUGCUAGAAACAAAAGCUUUAGAAUAGUUUGGAUACAUAUGAGCUAAUUAAUGUCAGGUGAGCAAGAGAAUAACAAUGACCCUUUCACACAAAGACCUCUUCCUUGUUUAGCUAACCCCAACUUUCUCUGGAAAGAAAUAAAGCCCUUUUAUUACCAGAAAAUUGAUUGACAGAUGAUAGAUAAAUAGAUAGAUAAACAAAUAGAUGGAUAUGUAGGCACAUUUCUGAGACCCAUAACAAAACAAUGAACAGCUGAGUAAAGAAUUUAUCUUCCAGACCUCAGUCCUUAGAAAUCAUCUUUCCUUAAAUUGGGAAUACUGUCAAUCCUGUCCAAUAAAAUCACAAACUUUCUGAGAACGUGGAUGUGUAGUUUAAAACUUCUUUAAAAUAUCAUUACAUUUUUAAAAUUGUCCAAAUAAUUACCUGUAACAUUUUACUUGACUGGUCAAUAUUAGAACCAAUAUCUUUUUGAAGAACAGGAUAAAAGCAAUUAUUCAAUGGCAAAUCAUGGUAGAUUGCUAUCAUAUUAAUCUUUCAAUCCUCCUCCCUAUUUUGGAGCCAAAAUCAGAAAAACCCAAUUGUUUCAACGUGUUAAAAGUCUAAAUAACUUAACCAGAUGUGUUCGAGUUGAAUUUCUUUUAAUGAUACCAAUAAACAAAAGGAAGCAUAUAAAAUGCAUACAUGAGUGUUCAGGCAUAUAUUAUUGUACAAUAAAUAUAACAACUUUUAAAAAAUUAAAUUAAAAAUUAAUUUUGAAAUAGUAAAUGGUAAUUAGAGGGUUGUCAUAAAUAAAUCAGUAAAGUCCAGGAAGCUUGUGUGCAUGUUUUAAUCAAAUUUCAUUAUUUAGUAUCUAAUUGUUUGAAUAUAAUGCCUUUUUAAUGUUCAUAUUUAAAAAUGCUAAUGCUUAUCAAACGUAAAAAUGUCAAAAAAAAGUCUAGUAUGUAAAUUCAGGUGUAACUUUCUUCUUAAAUAUAUGAAUGAUAUGGGCCUGGCAUAAUUAAUGUACAGGACACAUGGGAAAUAUUUAGCUAUAGAAUACAAAUAUGAAGUUUGGCCUUCAAAUUUCAUAUCAACAGCCACCACCCAAAAUACACUUGAAAAAUCUAACUCCUGGCCUUCACACCUGUUAGGAAAAUUCAGUGGAAUUUGCUAAGACAUUUCUGAGUAAAAUUAUUGUCCUGGUCAGUUUUGUUUGUUGGUUUGAUUUUUUUUUUCCUUGAGUAGAUUUGCUGUUCCUUCACUGAACACCAUCCCUUCUAGUGAAAUAGAAAUACUUGAGGCCUGAUGGUAUCUUUUUAAUACUUUUGAGGAAAAUUAACAUCAUUCAUUCAGUAUUCAUGACUCUUAAACCAAGAUAUACAAGGCAGAGUUUAAGUUCAAAAAUGUAAUCAAUAAUAAUAAUGAAGUAAAUGAAUGAAAGAGGUAAGAGUUUCAAUCUUUUGUCUGAAUCGACACUAAGGAUUACAGAAUAGUACAUAUGGAAAUCAGUUUCAACAGUAAUCACUCUAAAUAAAUAAAAAAAAUCACUUUAAAUCAGUGUUUCAUAUUUGCCAGGUUUUAGAAGAAUUUGCCUCCAAGAUUCACUGUAUGCUGAUAUUAAAGUUCAGCAUGAAUCUUCAUUGUUUGCAAGAAAACACUGACUCAGAAUACUGAGCAGAUAGAUAAAAUGUCAUAGGUUUUUUAUUUAAGAUUUUGCUCAACAUCAGAAAAAUCUGAAAUAUUUUGAGAGAAAUCUUAAAUGUCUUGCAUCAUUUUAAAUAUUCUCUUUUUAAAAGAAAAAAAGCAAAUGAAAAUAUUAUGUUUUUUAUUAUUUUGCAUCUGAACAAGGUGUUUGAAAUUAUCUGCAAGGGAAAAGCAGAUAAACAUGGUUCUUGUAUAAUCUGAUCUAACAUCAUUUUUUAUUUAUUUAUUUUUUGGGAUUUUUUGGUGGUUCAGUGUGCCGUUGCUUUAUUCCACUAUUCCACCUCCCAACCUCAUAAUAGUGACAUUUCUGACCUAGCAGCCAAAUUCAUAUUCUAUUCCAGUUCCUGAAAAUCUCUUAUAAACAGACAUCUGACUUCAAAGUACCUCCAAUCUUAUAACACAUACUAAAUACCAAGAAGCAUAGUGUCAAGUAUCAAGAUUUGGAAACACAAGAUAAAUGUGAAAAAUCAAUGAAGGCCAGCUCAAAAUUUGAUUUCACUUUUGUUAAUACAGAAUUUACUUGGAAAACCUUUGAUUAGUGUUUGAUAAAUUACUCCAUCAAAUAUAAAUUUGCAGCUAAACAUCUAACAGUAACAAUUUGAGUUCCAUUUGUCUUUGACAAGGUGCCAAAAGUUCAGGAAAUCAAGCAUGACACUGGCCUAGUAGAAUAAUAAGAUUGUAAUAAUUUUCCUUCAAGCCAAACAGGAAUGGAGAAUAAUGUCCACUCGAGCUAUACAAGGUCAUUAAUUGUGUGAUUUAAUACAUAUAUAUAUAUAUAUAUAUAUAUAUAUAUAUAUAGUGGAAAAUAUAUGCAUACAAGAAAUAAAUGUAUAUAAAAGUUGUAGCUAGUGAACAUAGUAUUUUCAAGUGUGGUAAUCAUACUGAGUAU